AUCUCUAUCUAUCUAUCUAUCUAUCUCUUUCUCUCUCGUCUCUGGUUUUCUUGUAAAAUUCAUCGUUGAUCGUUGAUAGUAAAAGGGGAUUUUAAUUUUUCUACGUUUGCGAAGUAUCAAUUAGCAAUCGAUCGAUCGAUCGAUCGGUCGGUUGGUUGGUCGAUUGUUUGGUCGUUCGAUCGGUCGAUCAAUAUCAAAGUUCGAUUUUAAAAGAAAGGACAUAAAAAGCAUCGCCACCGCCACCGCCGACGUCGCCGUCGCCGCCGUCGUCGCCGCCACCGCCGCCGCCGCCACAGCAGCCGUAGUAACAACCCGCGCCACCCGAUCGGUCUGGUGAAUGUACGAUGCGCCUAGACUGGUCGAAAAUAGAUCUAGGGAAUUGGAGUUGCAGUAUAGAGUAUAAGAAAACGGAAGCUGAGAGGAGAAGCAGUGAGGAGGAGAAAGAGAAAAAGAGAGGAGGAAGAGGAAGAAGAAGAAGAAGAAGAAGAAGAAGAGGAGGAGGAGGAGGAGGAGGAGGUGGAGGAGAAGGAGGAGGAGAAGAAAGAAGAAGACGAAGAAGAAGGGGAGGAUAAAGCAAAAGUUGAGUUGUUGGACAAAGACGUAACGAGACUUUGAGAAGAGAGAGCUUUUGGUUAGUCGAAGACACUGAACUUGGAAUGAUUCUCGGAGCUUGCCCACCUAUAAGCCAACUACUGGAAGGAAGUUAAAAUCACGUUGGUGUGAAUCUAAAUAAAGAACUAUGGAGAGGAGAGAGUGAAAGAAACGAAAAAGAAAGAAAAAGAAAGCGAGAGAGAGAAAGAGAGUAAGAAAGAGAGAGAGAGAGAGAGAGAGAGAGAGAAAGAGUGAGGGGUGGGGGGAGGGGAAGCAUCGUGUUCCAAGAGGGAUACGAGUGUAAGAAUGGUAGAGAGAAACGCUUGCAACAGCGGCAGCGGUGUUGGUGUUGGUAUUGGUGGUGGCGGCGGGUGCGGUAGCAGCAGCAACAGCAGCGGCAGCAGCAACGGAAGCAGCAGCAGCAGCAGCAGCAGCAGCAGUAGCAACAACAGCAGCAGCAACGGGAAUAAGAUAAACGCAUCAUCCCUCAAUGGCGUAUCAAACGUUGUCCAUGAAGGUGGAGUCAAAAUUACAGUUAUCGAAGAAGCUGUUGGACUUGAGGAGGAAUUGACGAGUUUACGCCGUGCCAGUAGCGCUAGAUUUUCUCUAUUCAAGUGGUUUAAACGAGCCGGCAGUCGGGCUGCCACGUUUGAGAAAAGAAGAAAGAUACUCGAUAAAAUUACUGUUGGUGAAGAAAAAGAAGAAACGGGAAGAGAGGUGGAGGAGGAGGAAGAGGAGGAGGAGGAGCAGGAGCAGGAGGAGGAGGAGGAAGAGGAGGAGGAGGAAGAAGAAGAAGAAAAAGUAAGAAAAGAGACGGAUGAAAAAGAAGAGGAAGACGAUAAAGGACAACAACGCAGCGUUUCCUCGAGUGCGGAAAGUGUAGAAACUUUCUAUAGUACUACAACGGUACGAAGCUUUGCCUUUCACAGCGGUGGUCUCAUCACUGGUAAAGAAUUGUCAUUAGGCAUUUUGAAGCAGGCUGCCGAAGUAGGUCCCUUCGCGGCUGGAGCCUCGAAAUUGAUUGCCAACAAAGAGAACAACGUCGCGGAUGUCGCCUCUACGUUACCAUCUAACGUUCAUUCUCGUAGAAGGGACAUCACCACGAGAUAUUCCCUUCAACCAACUAAAACGAGUUACUCAUCCUGCGGUAAUUUUCCAUUACCAGAAAAAAGACCACUUUCCGGGACCUUGAGAAGAAUUCAGGAUAAGAAUUUAAACGGCGAGGUUAUCGUCAGGCGUAAAGUACACGUUAAAGGUAAAAGAAGAGCUCCGAAUCCUCCAGAAGUAUCGAAGAUCAUUGGGGUCGAUGUACGGGUGGGACAAUCAAAAAAUAGCAACAGACGAAAGAGGCGAGCGCCGAGACCACCUGAAAAUAUUGAAACAUCCGAGAGUUCUUUGUCUUUAGAAGUUAAAGAGAAGUCAGCUAUAACCGAUGGUGGAAUGGACUCGGGAAAUAAAGAAGAAGAGGGACAACAAGUAAUAAGCAACGAUACUUUGAUAUUGCAAGGCGGUGUUUUACACUCGAAGAAAAAAGAUUUAGAAAAACAAAGUCCAAAAUUACGAAAGGAUCGAUUAGCUUCUAAUAAUUGUGGUGUCGGUUUUAUAAGUGUUCCCGGUUCUAAUACGACACGAAACGAUACGAUAUCCCAGGAUUUGACGAACUUUCGGAACGUCGUUGACACGGGUACACUUGGCACCGCCAUGCCGCGACCUUGGUACAAACGGAGCGUCUUCGAACAUUCUCGGGAUUCCACGUCGUCUCGAAAGGGCGAUGUACUUCGUACAUCCUCGGCCAUUGGGACGAUGGACACCAAGGAAGAAUGUGUCGGUGCACAGGGAGUAUCAUCGAGUCUUACUACGACUACUACCUCUACCUCGGCUUAUUCCAUGGAUGCUUCCCUUUCUAGAUUGAGUUUCUUUCAUCGUGGUGAACGACAGAUGGAGGAAAGGAAACGUGACGUCAAAAGAAAAUCUGGAUUAUCCAUCCUAACUAACAUAAGCGAACUCGACAAAGAGGCUGCUGCUAUCGUACAGGAAGAACAGGCACGAGCACGUGCCUCUAUGCUCUUGAAAUCCUCGAGAUUUACCGAGGCUUAUGAAAGGACAAGCGAUGUCAAUGAGGAACUAGUUCAGGACAUGGUAACCUCGGCAAUGGAAAAUUCCUCACCCAAACAACGCGGUACACGAGCAUUGAUAUCAAAAUUCAAUGCUAUAAGUAACAUUACAAAAGUCACGGUUAACACUAAUUUCUUUGCAAGGAGGGAUCAGCAGGGUACGAAAUUUGAACAAGACGUUAUCAGAAAGUCUAAAUUCGAACAAACGGAAUGGAAAGAGAAUACGAAAUUUUCACGCGUUGGUCAAGCUAAUACACGAGUCGAAAAGGAUAUAUCUAAAUAUUUUUUGCCGCAACAACAGCAACAACAACAACAGAAAGCAACGACCAAAGUCGAGAACAAAGAUACGGAAAGAAAAGUAGUAUCUGAGAAUAAGUUUACUCCAAGAAAGGAUAACAACGAUCGCCUGAUAAAAGAAACUUCCAGUAGGAUAUCAUUCCUACAAAGCCAGCUCGUUGCAAAUCGAAUGAACGAACCUUUAACUUCUCGUACGAUGGUAGAAACGGUGGUGCCCUUAAUGGAAGAAAAAAUGAAAUCUAAGCAGGAAUGUGCCAAUGAAAUAAAGGAAAAGGAAAUAAAGGAAAGGGAAAGAAAAAUGGAUAACGUUAUUUCCGUAAGUGGAUACUUAUUAUCCCGUCCGCGUGAUUCUAAUCAAAUUGAUAAUAUAGAAAAUGUUUUAUCGAAAGAAUCGAGAAAACAAAAUGAUCGUAACGUAGAAACGAAUGUGCAAAAGGAAUUUACGAAUAUAUUCGAUAAAAUUGAUAGACAGUUACGUACUACUACGAAAGAAUUGAAACAUGUCGAUCAUCAGCUAGAAUCAAUUUCUAAUCUCGAAGCAACCAAGGAUAGGAUGAUAUUAUCUAUAGAAGAGGAAGAGGACGAAGGAAAGGAAAAGAAGUUAGAAAAGAAAAAAGACGAACAAGAAAAAGAACAAGAAGGAGAACAAGAAGAAGAAGAAGAAGAAGAAGGAGGAGGAGGAGGAGGAGGAGGAGGAGGAGGAGGAGGAGAAGGAAUAUCGAGUAAAGUGACUAAAGUCCUCGAUAUCCUCGUAGAAGCUGAGAAAGAUGGGAAAGCAAAGAAGGCUCUUAUGCGAUCAAUGAAAUCUAUACCGAACGUAGAUGAAACUAAUCGUAAGAUCGAAACGGAAAUGAUCAAAUUGAAAUCAACAAAUAGCAAGAUAUCGGCGUCAUUGUUGAACACUAUUGAGGAUCAAACUACAACAGAUUUGAAGGAAAUGUUGAAAGAAAUGAAACAUUCUUUGCCAAAACGUCCAAAACCAAAGAAACGUUUUAUCGAGGAAGGAUUGAGUAAUUUUAUGGUCAAAGAUGUUUUACCGAGUACAAGUAAGAUAUCUUAUGUCGCAAAAUCGGUAUUGAAGAAGGAAGCGACACCAUUAAUUUCAACCUCUCAGAUCGAUUAUGAGAUUGAAAAGCAAAAAGUUUCCUCGUCCUCGCAAACCAGCGGAAAUUUACGUCGAUUGAAUCAACCAUCAACGUCUACGGGAUGGAAACAAGAGGAUGUCGUUUAUAAAACAUCCGGCAAAGGAGUAUCGGGUUUGGCCUUGGCUAAAAACACAUUUCAAUUGAUUCGUCCUCGUGAUUUUGCUGUGAUCGAAGCUAUCAAGACCACCAAGGGACAACACAAGGAAAACACUUACGCGAAUGUAAUCGAACGAUCGCUCUACGCUAACGCUCUUGUUCAUCCCUCGACUAAGCAACAGCAACAACAGCAACAGCAGCACCACCAGCAACAGCAGCAGCACCAGCACCAGCACCAGCAGCAACAGCAACGGCAACGUGAUGGGGAUCUUUCACGUAUCAAGGGAGACUCUGUGAGUGGCCGAGGAUUAUCGACAAUUUCACCCACGAACGAACGAAAAUAUCUACAGUAUGACGACGAACCUAAAGAAGACGACGUACCCUCCACCGGUAACAUGAACACCUUGGCUAUAAAUCGUUUGUUAAGAAAAUUAGAGGCAGCUAUCGCUUCCGGUCAUCAUCAGCAAGCGGCAGGAUUAGCGAAGGAACUCGCACGAUUAAAGAUUCAUUGUUCUGUGAUACGACAACGUACGGCACGUCUAAAGGAUCGUUCUAUAAAGGUUAAUAUGUACAUCGAAGACAAACUAGCUCACCAAGGUCCAAUACCACUUCAGUUAACAACGAGAAUGACUGUCGCCGAAUUGAAGACGAAAGUUUAUACGGAAUUUGAAAUACCAACGAACGUUCAACGUUGGAUUAUUGGAAAAAAUUUGGCCGAUCGCGAUGAGACAACUCUCGAAGAAUUACAGGCGAUCGAUGGCUCACCCAUUUUCUUAUAUCUCGUUGCACCGGAAUUACAAAAGGAUUCCGUAAUGCAAGCAGAGAAAUCAAACUCCGUUGAGGAACUUACGAAGGUUGAGAAGGAAAUACGUCAACCGGAAGAAAAAGUAAUAACGGAGAUGGAGGAAGUUAAACCGACUAGUGUCACUAGCUAUGAGAAACAGAUUGAGCCAGAUGAAGAACAGACGCCUGAGGAAGUGAAAAUGGAACGAUACGAAGAACUCAUCUCGUUGGAGAAUUGCGAUGUUAUACCAAAUUCCGAAGCUAUCGAAUGUCCAAUAUGUUUCGUAACAUAUGGCCCACGGGAGGGUGUUAUUCUCAGAGAUUGUUUACAUAUGUUUUGCAAACUUUGCAUAGCUAAUACAAUAAAAUAUUGCGAAGAAGCGGAGGUAAAGUGUCCAUACAGGGAUACCGAAUAUACGUGUGAAUCUACGCUUCAAGAACGCGAGAUAAAGGCGCUCGUCGAAGCGGAAGUAUAUCAGCAGCACCUCGCCAAGUCGAUAAUACAAGCGGAGAACAACGCUGGAAACAAUGCCUUUCAUUGCAAAACACCAGACUGUCCUGGUUGGUGUUAUUACGACGACGACGUGAACAAUUUUUUAUGCCCCGUAUGUGGUGUAAAUAAUUGUCUUACGUGUCAGGCCGCACACACCGGUAAAAAUUGUAAACAAUAUCAACAAGAAUUAAGAUUGUCGAAGGAAACUGAUCAAGAAUCCCGAAGGACAGCAGCAAUGCUCGAAGAUAUGGUCGACAGAGGUGAAGCAUUGGCCUGUCCUACUUGUGCAGUUGUUCUAAUGAAAAAAUGGGGUUGCGAUUGGUUAAGAUGUUCAAUGUGUAAAACAGAAAUAUGUUGGGUUACCAGAGGACCACGUUGGGGACCAGGAGGAAAGGGCGACACAUCCGGAGGCUGUAGGUGUGGUGAAAAUGGAGUCAAGUGUCAUCCUCGUUGCAAUUACUGUCACUAAGAACCAUCGGAAGAGUCUGCAAUUGCCUUGCCAACGGACAAACACAAUGUGCCUAUCUAUUCAAAGCGUAUAUACCACUGGUACUGGUGGUUCUAACGACGUUAGAGAUUCAAAAUAAUUUGUCAUUGUACGAUUUCCGUGAGAAAGAGAAAGAGAAAGAUUGAGAGAGAGAGAGAGAGAGAGAGAGAGAGAGAGAGAGAGAAAGAGAGAAAGAGAGAAUGUCUUUCUUGAUCAAAUUAACCUCAUCCUUUUGAAGUUAUAAUUAAGAAAAUUUGUAACAAAUGAAGAUACCACCAUACAAAAUGCAAACGAAUUUGAAUUUAAUCCUCGAUAAUAUGCAUUAUUUCUUGUUAAGAAUAAACAAUAUUAUAUGUAU